CUGGUCAUAAGAGAUGGGAGACAAAGUAGAGAAUAGGCGUCGAUCAUGGCAGAGGUGAUCGGUGGCACCACUAUCCACCACCCAGUCGGAGCGGCUGUCAAAGGGAGGAGAAGCAGAUCAAGUAGUUUUUGAUACAUAUCAUGGGUCAAACCAGGAAGUGGGGAAGAGGUGGAAACUUGAUGAGCCAUCUGCGCCGAGGUGGAUGGUGGUUUGCCAAGGAGAGAUGGUUGCGGUUUGUCACGGGUGUCGCGACCUGCUGGGUACCCGAUUACACGCCAACAACGGUCACAAGAGUGACCCAUUUUGUCGCAGACGGUGCAUUUUAGGGGCUGUUUCGUGGGUCCACCGGAGUGAGCAGUAAGGAUGUGGGCGUCCGUCAAUGGUGGUCUAAGGUGGAGAAGACAUUGCUGCUCUUCCUGAAAAAGAAUUGAAAAACUUUUUGUGAUGGAGGGAAGGGUUUCCAUGGCAAAGAUCUGGGUUCUGAGUUGGGGAACAGAGUCAUUAAGGCCAAGAAGAAAUUGAAUGAUUGUGUUGCAGUAGGGAGGAUAACUCACGUUUGAGAUGGUAAAUCCUGGCAUCGUUGCCAUGGCAAAAUCUGGACUGAAGAUCGAGCCAUACGGCUCGGGGAUUAGUGUGAAAUUCAAGGGAGUUGGCUAUGGAGGGAUUGAUGGAAUUUAGGAGCCAGGAAAACACACCCUCAGUUAGCACUCAAAAAAACCUUGAAGAUGGGCCAGUUGCAGCAACUGUGACUGAAACUGAGUUGAAAGUGACCGUUGAAAAAGAACUUGUAUCCCAGGCUGAGGAGGAGGAUAUGGAAGCUCUUUUGGACACGUAUGUCAUGGGUAUUGGCGAGGCAGAGGCAUUUUCUGAACGGUUGAAGCGGGAGCUUCUGGCUUUGGAAGCAGCAAAUGUGCAUGCCAUUUUGGAAAGUGAACCUUUGAUAGAUGAGGUGUUGCAAGGCCUUGAGGCAGCAACAUACUGUGUUGACGACAUGGAUGAAUGGCUAGGCAUAUUUAAUGUUAAACUUAGACACAUGAGAGAGGACAUUGAGUCGAUAGAAACCCGCAAUAACAAGUUGGAGAUGCAAUCUGUGAAUAAUAAAACUCUCAUUGCUGAACUUGAUAAGCUUCUUGAGCGGUUGUGUGUCCCUUCGGAGUAUGCAGCAAGUUUGACAGGAGGUUCAUUCGAUGAGUCUUGCAUGCUUCAAAAUAUAGAAGCAUGUGAGUGGUUAACUGGUGCUUUGCGUGGUCUUGAAGCUCCAAAUUUUGAUCCUAACUAUGCCAAAAUGCGAGCUGUCAAGGAGAAGCGGGCAGAACUUGAAAAGUUAAAAAGUACAUUUGUCAGGAGAGCUUCUGAGUUCUUGAGAAACUACUUUGCCAGCUUGGUGGAUUUCAUGAUAAGUGACAAAACAUUCUUUUCUCAGCGAGGACAGUUGAAGAGGCCUGAUCAUGCUGACUUGCGGUACAAAUGCAGGACAUACGCCCGCCUUCUUCAACAUCUAAAGAGUCUUGAUAAGAAUUGCUUGGGUCCACUGAGAAAAGCUUAUUGUAUCUCCCUUAACUUGCUUCUUCGUCGGGAGGCUCGUGAGUUUGCAAAUGAACUUCGUGCUAGUACAAAAGCACCGAAAACUCCAACCGUUUGGCUUGAAGCUUCCACAGGCUCUGGUCAAAACACGAAUGCUGCAGACACUUCUACUGUUUCUGAUGCUUAUGCUAAGAUGCUGACGAUUUUUAUUCCACUUCUUGUAGAUGAGAGUUCCUUUUUGGCGCACUUCAUGUGCUUUGAAGUUCCUGCACUUGUUCCUCCUGGUAAUAAACCUGCAUAUGGCAACGAUGAUGCCAAUGAUGAUGAUCUGGGGAUUAUGGAUAUUCAUGAAAAUGACAGUAAAACUGGUAAAAACUCAGCUGAGCUUGCAGCACUAAAUAUCUCUCUUCAGGAUUUACUUGAUGGAAUCCAAGAAGACUUCUAUGCUGUGGUUGACUGGGCAUACAAGAUUGAUCCCUUAUGCUGCAUAUCAAUGCAUGGAAUUACAGAGCGCUAUCUCUCAGGUCAGAAAGCUGAUGCUGCAGGAUUUGUGCGUCUCUUGCUUGGUGACCUAGAGUCAAGAAUUUCUACACAGUUUGGCCAUUUUGUAGAUGAAGCUUGUCACCAAAUUGAAAGAAAUGAGCGCAAUGUGAGGCAGAUGGGUGUCUUAUCAUACAUCCCAAGAUUUGCAACUCUUGCAGCUCGAAUGGAGCAGUACAUCCAGGGACAAUCUCGGGAUUUGGUCGAUCAAGCAUACACAAAAUUUGUUAGCAUAAUGUUUGUUACGUUGGAGAAAGUUUCACAAACAGAUCCAAAAUAUGCUGAUAUGUUUCUGUUAGAGAAUUAUGCAGCUUUUCAGAACAGUUUGUAUGACCUAGCCAAUAUUGUGCCUACAUUAGCCAAAUUUUAUCAUCAGGCAAGUGAAGCUUAUGAACAAGCUUGCACACGUCAUAUCACUGUGAUUAUUUACUCUCAAUUUGAAAGACUCUUCCAGUUUGCUCGAAGAAUUGAGGAUUUGAUGUACACAUUCGCGCCAGAAGAGAUUCCAUUCCAGCUUGGGUUAUCAAAAAUGGAUCUCCGGAAGAUGUUAAAAUCUAGUGUUUCUGGGGUUGACAAGAACAUCAGUGUAAUGUAUAAAAAAUUGCAGAAGAAUUUAACUUCAGAGGAACUUUUGCCUUCUUUAUGGAAUAAGUGCAAGAAGGAGUUUCUAGAUAAGUAUGAAAGUUUUGCUCAACUUGUUGCAAAGAUUUACCCCACGGAGACCAUUCCAUCUGUUGUAGAAAUGAGAGAACUUCUGGCCUCCAUGUAGAGAGAGUUCAAAUUGUAUAAUCUUGAAUAGUUUCUUUUUCAGUAAAUAGGUGUUUUAGCCUGCUGUCAUCAUUCUUUAGUACAUUUUUUCAUAUAAAUUUGAUUUGUUGGACAAGCAUUUCAGGUCUCUCUCAUAUCAGCAUAGGUUGAAUAAAAGUCAGGUAUAAUAAUCACAGCGGGUGGUAUAUAUUGUUCAUAUAUCUGUACAUGCUUUGUUGUUGUUCGAACUUCAUUUUAUCUUCCUGCCCCUGAAUCUCUCUUUUUUCAUCUUUUUUAACCAUGCUUUUUUUCACUAAUAUAUCCGUACUCUUCAGUAUUGUAGCAUAUAUUUUUUGUUGCAAAAAAUCUACUCAACCUCUGGUUCCCUAACCGCACGCCACACUCCUGACGUGGCCAAAUCCGGUUCUUCUCUAUUCUUCUCCACGUCACAGUUUAGCAUCCAUCCCACGAGCUGCUUCAUUCUCGAGUUUCUCUCACCCUCAUUCUCCCUCAGUCCUCUCUCACUCUUGGUUUUUCAGAGACCUGUCAUGUGAUA